AGGGUUCAUACUGCACUUGAGUAGUGAUAACAGAACAGGGCCGUGCUCUCUCUCUCCCUUGCUCUGAAGUUUAAUUUUUAACUGGUAGGAGAGAGGAGAUAGGAGAAAAUCAGUGCCUGCUGUCAGGGUGCAGCUUGAAGCAUGGCACAAGCAAAGGAGUAAAUCCAAUACUUUCUGGAUGAAGAACUGUAAGGACGGCCGAUGGUACAAAACUCAGACUUCAGGCCAGUAAUGGGUAGUCCUGCCAUGUUGAGCCGUGUGUUUCAAAGAAGCUAAAACGAGGAAGAAACUUUCUGACUCUGCCCUGCUGAACUGAUACGCUAGGAAAAAAUCUAUAUCUGGAAAUCGAAACUCAGUAACCAUGAAUGAGGGGGAGGCCGAGAUAGCCGAGGAGAAAGACUGGAAGGAGCUGGAGCCCAACUAUCCCAUCAAAGUCUUCCUCACUGUCCUGUACAGCCUCAUCCUGCUCACAGGCAUCGUGGGAAAUGGAAUCACCAUUCGGGUGACACAGGUGCUGCGGCAGAAUGGCUACCUGCAAAAGUACGUGACAGACCACAUGGUGAGCCUGGCAUGUUCCGACCUUCUGGUCCUCCUCAUAGGAAUGCCCGUAGAGCUCUACAGUGCCACGUGGUUCCCCUUCACCUCAGCCUCGGGUGACGCUUCCUGCAAGAUCUACAACUUCCUGUUCGAGGCCUGCAGUUACGCCACCAUCUUGAACGUGGCGACGCUCAGCUUUGAACGCUACAUUGCCAUUUGCCACCCGUUCCGCUUCAAGGCCCUGGGCAGAGAGCGAACAACAGGGAGUCUCAUCGCUCUUGCCUGGGUCACGUCCGUGUUCGUAGCCCUCCCGCUGCUGUUCGUCACAGGAAUGGAGGGUCAUGUCCCAGAGCGAGCCAUCAUGCCCGUCCAGAACCUGACGUUCUGUACCAACCUGAGAAACCAGUGGGGGAUGUACAGGGCCAGUAUCUUUGUGGCGUUCAUUGUGUACAUGGUGGUGCUGGUCAGCGUGGGGGUUAUGUGUCGGGCCAUGAUCUUGGUCCUUCAGAAAACCAUGGGGCCCAUAGGAAGAGGGGUCAACGGAGUAGAGGACAAGCCAAAACACGAGAGUGCCAGGGUCAAAGCCGCCAAGAAGCAAACCAUCCUUUUUCUAGGUUUAAUCGUGGGCUCCCUUACCGUGUGCUGGCUGCCCAACCAGGUGCGUCGCCUGAUGACCGCCGCCGUGCCCAAGUCCAGCUGGACCAUGUCCUACUUCCGCAACUAUGUGGUGCUGCACCCUGUGGCUGACACCUUCUUCUACCUUAGUUCCGUGCUCAACCCCUUCCUGUACAACCUCUCUUCCCGCCAGUUCCGCCAGGUCUUCGUCCAGGUGCUACGCUGCCGCCUCACCAUCGAGCACGUAAACAAACGGACUCUGAGGAACUUCGAGGCCAACUCGGCCCGCUCACUGCGGCCGCUGCUAAAGUCACUGCGUCGUGGCGGUGGCAGCAGGUCUACUCAGACUCAGAGCAAGGAGUUCAAGAUGCCUACGUUCACUACCUUCCAUAGUCCUAAGGACACUCCCCCUCCUAGCCCUGAGGAGGCCCUCCCCACAACCGAUGAAUCACUUUCAAUUUCAGUCCGAAAGGGAAACAACCCUGAAGAGACUGAAAUAUAAGUUUAUUAAAAUACAUGUAUGACAAGAGUUGUUUUGACUUAUGCUCUAACAUGCUUCUUGGCUGAGGUUAUUGAAGUAGGGUUGACGUUGUGAGUCAAUGCAGUCCAGAAUGACUUCUAGGUAACUUUGAAAGAUGAAUCAAAAGAGAGACACUUAGCUGUGUUCAGUAUUACAGUAUUCAAUUAAUUGGAGAGGGAUACAGGGUGUCAUCCAACGCAGACUUCAACAAUCUGCCACAAGCUAAAUUGUCAGAGAGGUGCCUCUACAGACAUAAUAUGUGAUGAGUCUUAACAUACAGUAAUACAUCCAGUCAAAGAACAGUCAGGACAUUUUUACUAAUUUCAUCUCAUACUGUACAUUGUAAUAACUGGAACAUUGGAAAAGCUUGGUAUUUGAACAGUGUUAAUUACAGUGAUUUGUUUCCAUUACAUGAGAUUACACUUCUCUUGGCCAUACUGUAGCUCGUAUUAUCACAGUCACUUAAGAUGCCACUGAAAACUAAGCUCAACAUUGUUCAUCAUGACAUGGUGUCUGCAUUGUACAUUGUGUCCAAAGUAUACUUUUCCAUUCAUUUGUAUGGCAUCCACUGACAGAGUUGACCACUUCCUAAAUUGGACCCAGUGCAUAUGAUUUGAUCUCAAGACAAAUGUAAUUUAUGUUUCAUCACUACAGUACCUGCAUCAUUAUUUUAAUAUUAAAAAUGGUCACUUAC